AUGCCUUCCUCUCUCCCCGCCUCCCCAGAGAUGCUUCCGUGCGCCCCGAGCGUCCUUCUGGCGACCCUCCUGGCCGUGGCCGGAGCCCCGGACCCCGCGCCCCCCUGCGAGUCCGAGAUGAACAAGAUCAAGGACCUGCUGCAGGUGAGCUGCGUGGGGAAGGGGCUGAGCAGCGUCCCCGCCGGGCUGCCCAGUGACACGGGCAUCUUGCUGCUGCGCUCCAACCGCCUGAGCCGCGUCUCGCUGGCCUCCUUCCAGCACCUGAGCGCUUUGGUGGAGCUCGACCUGUCCAACAACAGCCUGACCGCCCUGGACACCGGCGGCGCCCCGCUGCCCAGCCUCCAGGAGCUCGACCUGUCGCACAACGGCCUGCAGAGCCUGCCCGCCUUGCAGGGGAUGCCCGCGCUGAAGCACCUGGAUCUGGCGCACAACGCGCUCUCGCGGCUGCCGGCGAGGGGAUUCCGCGCCCUGCGCGCCCUGGAGUAUCUGGAGCUGCAGGGCAACGGGAUCCGGGAUCUGCCCGAGGCAGCCUUCGAGGGGCUGCAGGGGCUGAAGGACGUGGACCUGGCCGACAACCUGCUGGAGGAGCUGCCUGGGGGGCUGCUGGCCGGGCUGGGCAACCUCGAGAUCCUGCGCCUGGAGAGGAACCGGCUGCAGAGGGUGCCCACCGGCUUCUUCCCCACGGAGAACUACUUCGUCUACCUGUACCUGGCGGAGAACCCCUGGGUGUGCGACUGCGCGCUGGCCUACCUGCGCGACUACAUCGUGGAGAACGAGGACAAAGUGUAUACUCGCGUGCAAGGCCCCGGGAAGGAGAUCACCGACAACGAGCCCGAGAGCGUGGAGUGCCAGGAGCCCGCUUCCGAGAAGGGGCGCCCGGUCAUGCACUUCCAGGCGCACUGCAAGGGGCCCGUGGGAGACAGCGACGGGGGCGAAGGGGGUACCUGGGGGGAGAGUCCAGGGGGCGCCCCCGGCACCACCCCUGAGCCCCACGCCAUUGUCCACACGACACUGCCCUCCACCACCCCUGCGCCUGCCACGAGUGUCCGCGCCACACCCUCCACCGCUGCGCCCGCCACGAGUGUCCGCGCCACACCCUCCACCGCUGCUCCGACCACGAGUGUCCGCGCCACGCCCUCCACCGCUGCUCCGACCACGAGUGUCCGCGCCACGCCCUCCACCGCUGCGCCCGCCACGAGUGUCCGCGCCACACCCUCCACUGUUGCUCCGACCACGAGUGUCCGCGCCACACCCUCCACCUCUGCGCCUGCCACGAGUGUCCGCGCCACACCCUCCACCGCUGCGCCCGCCACGAGUGUCCGCGCCACACACUCCACCGCUGCGCCCGCCACGAGUGUCCGCACCACACCCUCCAUCGCUGCGCCCGCCACGAGUGUCCGCGCCACACCCUCCACUGUUGCUCCGACCACGAGUGUCCGCGCCACACCCUCCACCUCUGCGCCUGCCACGAGUGUCCGCGCCACACCCUCCACCGCUGCUCCGACCACGAGUGUCCGCGCCACACCCUCCACCUCUGCGCCUGCCACGAGUGUCCGCGCCACACCCUCCACCGCUGCUCCGACCACGAGCGUCGUCACCCUUGCGCCCAGCACCACCGCACCAUCUCCCAGUAUCCCCACUACGGCUCCAAGAAACCUUCCCGGUCCUGUUCUCACCUCCACCCCGGACCCAGUCCAUUCCACAACCCGCAUGCUGCCCCCAACAACUCUCCAACCCGCACCCCUUCCGACAGCGAUGGCUGCCACGUCCCACCCUCUGCCAAGUGCCACGGCCUCGCCAGCCCUGCCACCUCUCGGCACUUCAGCUGCUGCUCCCACUCGCUGCCCUCCUCCCGCUGCGCCGCCCGCCCCUUGCCACUGCUCCUUGCUGCCAGCCACAGCCCCGCAGCGGAGUUGGCAGUGGUCUCCCAGGACCUGGGCCGGCAGGCUGGCUGCCCACUGCUGCCUGGUGCGCCUGGUCCUCUACGUUGCCUGCCUGGCACUGGCGGUGCUGCCCACCCUGGCUCUGCUGUGUUGGUUGGGGUGGCUGUAUGCCAACUGGCAGCGCCCAACCCUGCGAGGUGGUCCGGGGCCCCGGCUGGUCAAGUACCGCCAGCUGCAGAAGAAGGGCGCUCCCCGAGGGUGGCAGCUGGAGGGGCUGGAAGCGCAGAGUCCUCUCGCCACGCCCCGCACCUACCGCGUCUGCAAGGUGUUUGAGGCCGCCCCCUCCCGCCACGUCAGCUGGCUCUUCGUCAGCUUGCCGGGGCCAACGCAAAAGUGGCCCUGGCAACGCAGGCGAGGCCGGGCACCGUCUUCCUACAGCUUGGAUCGCGGGCAAGACGCCAUUGGGGCUGUGCGGGUGAAGCAUGGCACCGCCACUUUGUAG